CCGCUGGUGUAAUAUGCUAAUUUAGACCAGCCUGAAUCAAUACAAGCACCAUUCAGUGUGUGCGUGUGCCUCGUGUGUCUAUUCUUUAAAGCAGACGCUUGGUUUAUGUGUAGCCGGGGAACAGAGGGCGUGUCGACAAUACAGCGCCGUACUCAAGGGUGCCAAUAAAUUCAAUAAUGACGCAAGUUAGCCCACCCAGCACAAUACGUCGGAUGGCACUGAGGCGUCCUUAGUGAUGUAUGGACCUCCGGCGCGACGCGUUGUUUAUGGCGGAUCUUCUGCAUAGCGCACGGGCCGUAUUAAUGCGCGAGCUGUCCAUGGUGCUGAAUAUUUGCUAUUAUAGCCAUUGUUUAUUUAGACUCGUGUGGUUUUUCUGUACGUAGUUUUGUUGUACAUUGCAGAUAUUUAAACAAUGUCAAGAUUAUACAGUAUAGGCGGCUACAUCUGAUAAUGCAUAAAUUAUUUUUAUUACAAAAUUUUACACUUACGAUGAAAUCCUAAACUGCACGUUUAUGAACGCUAGCAAUCGAUCGGUCACAGCUCCAGUAAUAUCGUCAUGCCGCCUGUUCGCUGUCCACGAAUGGCUGUGCUGCAAUAGCUGGAUAUUGAACACCAUGAUGUGCGACCGAAGAAGAGUUGCAAAGCAAUGAUGUCAUAGUUUUAAGUAGGAGCCACGGGAGAGCAUAUGGUUCGUACCCGCCGCCGAAAGGAAGUGUUGCUUUGUUAUGAGCAGGCGGCGCUGUAGCUGGCGGAAGAGGAGGUCGCCCAGCCCAGUGUCUCUUCGCCUGGAAUAGAGAAGCCGAGGAGAAGACGCGCGGAAAACGGGAAAACGAGUGCUGCUAUAAUGGCCGCUAAAUCUGACGGGGUGCUGAAGAUGAAGAAGAGCGACGUAGCAUUCACGCCUUUGCAGAAUUCCGAUCACUCGGGUUCGGUCCAAGGGCUCGCUCCGGGAUCGCAGCCGGAUUCGGGAACCGGAGAGCCGGACUUCGUCAACGGGGAGUCGCGCUGCUGUGGCUCCAAUUCGACGUGCCUGCGCCUCGACAGGGAGCAGCUGAAAUACACGGUGUGGGACUGUCUGUGGAUCCUCGCCGCAGUGGCGGUGUAUCUCGCCGAUGUGGGCACGGACAUUUGGCUUUCCGUCGACUAUUACCUCCGCAGCGACUACUGGUGGUUCGGGCUAACGUUGUUUUUCGUGGUGCUCGGCUCGUUCUCCGUGCAGGUCUUCAGCUUUAGGUGGUUCGUUAAUGAUUUCAGCACCGAGGAGAGCGGCGGCGGUGGUGCUGGUGGCGCUCCGGGCUGCUCGCACAUGGACGGGAAGCUGCUCAGCGGCUCUGCUUCACAUGGAGACGUGGGAGCCCACCCGUCUACACCUCAAAGGCAGGCAUCCACUGCCAGCAAGAGCAACACCACGACCAAUAGCACCAACAGCGCUACUGCAGCCCGGAAUAGUAAGACACGCUCGGCGUCCUGUUCCCUCUGUAUCUGGCUGUUGCAGUCCGUCAUUCACAUCUUACAACUCGGACAGAUCUGGAGGUACUUCCACGCCAUCUACCUGGGCAUCAGGAGCAGGCAAAGCGGAGAUAAUGACAGCUGGAGGUUUUACUGGAGAAUGGUGUACGAGUAUGCCGAUGUCAGCAUGCUCCACCUGCUGGCUACGUUCCUAGAGAGCGCCCCUCAACUUGUGCUCCAACUCUGUAUCAUCAUACAGACUCACAAGCUCCAGGCUGUACAAGGAAUGACAGCGGCUGCUUCCCUAGUGUCACUGGCCUGGGCGCUCGCCUCCUACCAGAAGGCCUUGCGCGAUUCCCGCGACGACAAGAAGCCCAUCAGCUACCUUGCGGUCAUCAUUCAGUUCUGCUGGCAUUUCUUCACCAUCGCAGCUCGGGUGGUGACCUUCGCUCUCUUUGCCUCCGUGUUCCAGCUCUACUUCGGCAUCUUCAUCGUGCUCCACUGGUGCAUCAUGACCUUCUGGAUCGUGCACUGUGAGACGGAGUUCUGCAUCACCAAGUGGGAGGAGAUCGUCUUUGACAUGGUGGUGGGCAUCAUCUACAUCUUCAGCUGGUUCAAUGUGAAGGAGGGCCAUACCCGCUGCCGCCUCUUCAUCUACUACUUCAUGAUCCUGCUGGAGAACACGGCCCUGAGCACGCUGUGGUACCUGUACCGCUCGCCGCCCAGCACGGACGCCUUCGCCGUGCCCGCCCUCUGCGUCAUCUUCUCCAGCUUCUUCACCGGCAUCGUCUUCAUGCUCAUGUACUACGCUUUCUUCCAUCCCAACGGUCCGCGCUUCGGCCGCUCCGCCAGCCUGGUCCAGCUCGAGGACCCCACCGCCACCUUCGCGCUGCCGCCCGAGGGCGCCACCAACUCUCUGCGCUCCAACCGCGGAGGAACGCUGGCCAGGGACGCUGACCGCGAGGCCAAAUACAGCGAGAGAGACGGAUGCGUACCUGUCUUUCAGGUGCGGCCCACCGCCCCGUCCACUCCCUCUUCCCGUGCCCCGCGCCUGGAGGAGACGGUCAUUAAAAUAGACUUGUGCAGGAACCGGUACCCUGCCUGGGAGAGGCACGUGUUGGACAGGAGUAUACGUAAAGCCAUCCUGGCCAUCGACUCGUCCCCCACUCCGCCCCGCCUCCAGUAUAAAGACGACACACUCAUUCAAGAGCGUCUGGAGUACGAGACCACCUUGUAGCCUGCGCUGGGGAGACACAAAAACCACCAUCCACUUUAAUAAACAGCAGGCCUGUGGCAAUAAAGUUCCUAGUUCUCCGCGUGGAGUGAAUAGCAUCGAGCCAUGAUGUUGAUUGUCAUGGACAAAAGCAUAUAGGCAUUGUGUAUUGUGGAUGGGAAAAUAAUCAAUCUUUUUUAAGCAGUUCUCUUUUUCGGUUAACGUAACGGUUUCUUUUUUAUUACUUCCGUCUAGUCAGGGAAUAUCUGGGUUUUUAUGAAGACAUCGUCAACCGCUCAAUACUUCUGGGUGUUCGAGGGUACGAGUUCGAACUUGAUCUAGUUUAGUUCACAAUAGCGUAAUUGCAAACAGAGCCUGAAAUCGACCACACAAACGCCGACGCCGUACAUCUACCUAUCGCACCGGAGAUACGAUGUUUAAGAAAUUGCUGAUCGGACAUCUUUGCCAGGGUGCUGAAUCUUAUUAGUUCUGUCUCAUCAGCAGUUCUUUACCAGUGCCAAACGUCUGACUCCAAACCGAACUAUGGGUCUCUGUAAAUAUAAACAGGGCAGCAUUUCAACCAUCUACUUGAAUCCUGUACAAAGAAAAUAAAGAGUAGUAUGUGAUCAUCACACGCUCAAUUCAAGCCACACGGGACGGCGAGAACGCGAGAUUGUUUUCUUCCGUCGAGGAGAAGGCAAUAGGCCAAGAAAACACUUCCUGGCAGCUCCCAUUGGCAACCCAGCCUCAUUCACUGCUGUGGGCUGAUAAGGAUCUGUCUGGUUCACAGCAAACACACGUGCGCCGAGAGAGUGGGAGACAUGGCAAUCCACAGCGGCCGACAAACUGCACUCGACACAACCUGGAUGCAUUUCAUCUUCUGGGUAAAAGAUGCAGCGUUCUUAUGGGCUGGGCAGUGUCCGUGAGAUUGGUACUAUAUAUCUCCUGUUCAAGCGGUAAAGUGAGAGAGCACACAUAGACAAUAAAAGGGGCAUCUUUCAUCACCUCAAAAUGCAUCUGGGAAAACUGUGGAUGUGUACCAUGUUGUUUUUGAUUUUCCAGUCUUUAAAACUAGCCCUCCACAAAUCAGAGAUGUCAGGGAUAAGCAGAGAGCACAGUGCUCUGUGAUCGAUGCUCCAGAUCCACAGAUGGCUAAAAGAACACCGUAUCUUUAAAUCUGCCAAAAGCAUCCUUUUAAUAUGAAAGUGUUGGAGUUGUAAACGUUCUGUUCAGUUGCUGUCUUUUAAUUGAGCAUUUAUGUAGGUGAAAACACGAUAAAAGAAAACGAGCACAAAUCGUGUCACAAGAAGAAAUUUCAGCACAACGAGGGAGGUUUUUUGGUUAUUGUUAUACUGAUGUUGAGAAGCAAAGUAGAAACGAUUGAAAAUUUCACAGCGACAAAAGCUAGAUGUGCCUGUUUGCUGUUGAAAGUGUGAAGAAAUGCGUGGGACAUUUUACAUGACAUUUUUUCGCUUCAUGUUUUUCUUUUUUUUGUUAUUGUUGAUGGAUUUGAACAUGUGUCUUACAAGAUGCGUAAUGGCAUUAACUGUUUGGAAAUGACUGAUAUAAGAUAGAUACUUGGUAUAACAUGGUUGGUCAAAUUUGAGCUGUAAUUCGGGUUUUAUUGUAGCUCCUGAGAUGCUUAUAAUCAGUGUCCAACCAUUACCUGAAAGUUUUGUUUUUGUUUGUCACAGAUAAACGUGGACAAACAUCCUAAUUGUGUUGUGCAUCAUAAAAAAGAACAAAAUAAGCACAAUUUAGAUGCUUUCGUAUGAAAACCACAGUGAAACGUACGGUAGGCUGUGCAUAUUUGAGCUAUUUUGCUAUUUUCCUAUUUUGUCAGCUUUUCUUCCAGACGCGUCAUAUAGUUUAAUUUUUCUGCGUGAUGGAUGAUGAUGGUAUUUUGUCUUUUGGCAACAUUUUUUUUCCAAACAGCCUCUCUAUUAGAGCCCUCCGUCAGAGCACACAAAAAAACUUGUCUUAGCACACCAAUUAGGCAAUUUUCUCAUUCAAAUCGCUGCACCACCUACACGCGAGCAGUUUUGAAGGAAGACAAGUGAUUUAUAAGACACCUCUGUAAUAUUAUAUUUCUAUAUAUGAUCUUCCUGUGGUGAUCUUUCCUCGCUUUUUGGGUUGCAUACAUGGAAAUAAUCCAUAAACAUGAUAUUCCAGAGUGCAUACUGCAUUGGAUUUAAAGGGAUAGUUCACUCAAAAAUGAAAAUUCUGUCAUCAUUUACAUACCGUUUUUUUUAUAUCUUGGCUGGUGCUGCGUCUUAUAGUCAGGUGCGCCUUGUAAGUCAGUAUGAAUUAAUUUUGACAAUUAUGAGGCAAGAGACAUCAUUACCGUCUACUGCUUUCCAGAUUAAAUGUCUGUUCUUCGGCUCAGAUUUUUUAAAAUAAUUUUCUAAAUAAACGCGAUAUAUAAGCAGUAACAACAUAAACAAGCGGCUGUCGCGGUCCGCACAUAACUUCCGGUAAACUCCGCUAAGAAUAAAUAACAACAAAGUUCUUUAAAUGUGGUUUAUUUAUAUAACAUGCAAAAAACAACAACACAUAGAUUAUCUAGGAAACCAAAACAUAAGUUAUUUUCGACGAGGCAUUUUUUCAAGAGUUCAGUUUAGCAACUAGUCAGACUACUAAAAAAACUAAACCGGAAGUAAGGUUCGGAUCCAGACGUGUAUCACAUAAACAAGCGGCUUUCGUGGUCCUCACGUAACUUCCGGUAAAGUCUGCUAAGAAUAAAUAACAACAAAGUACUUUAAACGUAGUUUAUUUAUAUAACAAGCAAAAUAAACUACACGUAGAUUACAUAGGAAACAAAAAAAAUAAUUUCGACGAGGUAUUUGUUCAAGAGUUCAGUUUAGCAACUAGUCAGACCAUUAAAAAACUGAAACCGGAAGUAAAGUUCGGACUAGAUGCGUAUCGCGCCACCGCACGUAGGUCCGAUGAAACCGUCCAUAGUCCACUGCGACUUAUAUAUGUUAUUUCGUCUUAAUGACGCAUUUUUUUAUAAUUAUGCGACUUAUAGUCCGGAAAAUACGGUGUCCUCAUGUUGUUCUAAACCUGUAUGAGUUUCUUUUUUCUGAUGAACACAAAAGAAGAUAUUUUGAGAAAUGAUUGUAAACACACAGCAUAUAGUGUCCAUUGACUUCCAUAGUAGGAAAGAAAUAUUUUGGAAGUAUCGUGAUAAAUGAUGAAGAAAAUAUUUUGAUAAAUGAUGGAAAGCACACAGUUGACGGUACGCAUUAAAUUCCAUCAUAUUUUUUUAUUCCUACUAUGGAAGUCAAUGGACACUAUCUGCUGUGUGUUUACCAAAAUAUCUUAUUUUGUGUUGAUCAGAAAAAAAGAAAUUCAUACAGGUUUUAAACAACAUGAGAAUGAGAAAAUGAUGACAGAAUUUUCAUUUUUGGGUGAACUGUCCCUUUGAGCGAACAUCAUGCCAACAUUAGAUGUGAUAUAAAGUCCUGACUUGUCUACAGAAAUCAACAGCGGCUUUCAUUUAUCUUUACAGUACAUUCAGCCAUUUACCAGGUGCAAGGUCUGAAUUAUAAUGUUAAAAUAUGCCAUUUAAAAAAACGUGAUGCAAAGAGAUGGAGAGCAAAUCAAGCUAUUGCAGAUUAAGUCUCAUUAUUCAAAAGGAUGUGCAGGAAUCCAGGCUGAUGUCUGAAUGCUGUCUAGUUAGAAAUAUACUGUAUAUUGUUCAAUUUCCAUCAUUUUUAUAUUUGAUAUAAAAGGGUGAGAGAUGCAUACUUGUGAUAGUUUAACAUGGAGGUGACAGAAACUUUAUUUAAACUAAUCAUAGCAUUACAGCAAAACUAUGUAUCUUUGUUUUGCACUUCCAACGUAUGUUUAGGUUUAUAUAUAGAUAUAUAUAUGUGUGUAUUCAUUAAGCAUUCCUCCACUCUGGAAAAAAUAUUAAUUCAUACCAAUAACCUACCUCAAAGCGGUAUUUUAAACAGAUCAUUCUCCACCUGUAUUGCAGUGAAGUUGAAUGAGUUGAAGGCUGUUCUGUUUAUUACCAGUCCAAAAGUACACUCUUAGUUAAAAGGUACAAAAGCUGUCACUGAGGGAAGUACCCUUUCAAAAAGUACCUAACGGGUGCAUAUUUGUACCUCAAAGGCCUAAAUGGUUUAUAAGAGGACCUUUUAAAGAGUGCAGACUCGUUGACAGCUUUUGUACCUUUUUCUGACAGUGUAGAGAUGAGCUCUUAACCAGGACUUCUAGUACAACUACACACAGCAGCCAGGGGAAAACAUUAAAUUCAUGUUGCAUUCAUGCAAGCUACUUCUCUUUCAUUUGCCUUAAGCAACGAUCGCCUUUUUGUGGAUUAAUGUUUUAUGUUUUUGUUAUUUAUUUGUCUGUAUCAUACCCACAAUGCUCUGGUUACUGUCAUGGCAGUAUGAUGUUGAAUACUUAUUGUGGUUUGGAAACGGUUCAAGGUGCAAACAAAGAAAGCAGAGAAAACAAAAAUGCAUAUGCAGACAAACAAUCAAAAUGACAACCCACACUGUUAGUUUGUUAAUAUCAUAGGUCAUGUUAUAAUAUUUUGAAUUGAACGUUUUGAAACUAACAAAGUGGCACUUGUUUCAUAGACUGAGUUUCAUGUCAUUGUACAUCAGAAAAGAUUUCUGAUGUUUUCUUUCUCAAAAAAAAACAAAACAAAACGAAACAAAUCGAUGGUCACCUGUAGACAUACAGUAGAUGCUUAGAUGAAUUAGAAUGCCAUAGAUGUGAGGGUGGGGGCUAGAACAUUUAGAUAAUUGGUGGUUAAUAAUAAAGCACGAUAUAUUAGUACAAGCACAGUCAUUUAAUGAACUCGACAAUAAAGAUGGCAUUCAGUUCAACUUUCAGAUAUGAUGUACAGACUUUACUGGCAUUUCAACAGUUGUGACAGAAGUUUAAUAGUGAAUUGCAAAAGGCUAUUUAACUGUAAAUAAAUGUAUGCAAAUGUACAUGUGUAAAAGAACAUUCCUCUCCGAGUCCCGAUUGUGAAGGGUGUCUAUUGACUAGAGAUUGGUGCCACGAGAUGGCAGUUACAUACAGACAUAUACAGAUAAACCUAGUGUGGUGUAUGUGAUGUAUUAAAUGACGUAAAAAGCAAAAAACAAAAAAACUGUUUAUUAUCGGUCUCUUAAGUAAGUUGUAUUGUGUGAUGAACGUCUGAAGUGCGUAAAAUGCAUCAAAUCUGUUAUCUAAUUUUAUUGUAAAUUGAAGAGUAAAGCAAAAGAACGUUACAUUUUUGUACAUAUUGGAUUUUUGUAAAUUUUUAUUUGAUCCUAAUGCAACACAAAGUACCAAAUUCAUUUAAUAAAGUACACUGUGGUCAUUU